GGGGGGUUGUUUUGGUUUUUUGUUUUGUUUUGAGUGUGUGUGAGAGUGUGUGUGUGUUUUUUUUAAGAAGAAAAAAAAAUAAAGGGAAGAAAAUUCAGCAGAGAAAAGAAGAGAGAGAGGAGUUCCAGCUGUGGAGGAAUAGAGGAGAAGAAGACAGAUAGAGAAGGAAGAACAGAGAAAUACAUUUCAACCAAGAAGGAGUUUUGAUUUAUUUGAUUUUUAUUUGUUUUAAGGAGAAAAAAAAUCUAUAAGCAGGAAAAAGAAAGAAAGAAAAAGAAAAAAAGAAAAGAAAAAGCAACUGAGAAGGGUUAUAAAAAGAGCAAAUACCAAGAAGGGUGAACAAGAGAAGAAAGUCAAGGCAAGGAGGAGCCCAAAGCUGGCAGAUCGGGAGGAUUUGCAGGGGAGAAGGGGGGGGAAGAUUGGAAAUGCAGCUCUGGAGUUUGCUGCUGCCUCUUGCGCUUCUCUGUACAGCCCUAGCCAGUGGACCCGAAUGUGGGAUGGACGAGCGCUCCCGCAGGGCACGAAGGGACACCAGGCACAGCCGCCAGCUCCUCCACACUGCCCCGGGCACCUGUGCCACCAGGUUAGCCCGAGGAAGGCGCUCCACUGCUGGGCUGGAGCCUGGGCAUGUCCCCCGCAGGAGGCAACAGCGGGAGGUAAAGGACGAAGAGGAGUCCCUUACCCCGAGCAGGGCGCUCUAUUUCAGUGGCCAAGGUGAUCAGCUGCGGCUGAAGGCAGACGUUGAGCUGCCCCGAGAUGCCUUCACUUUGCAAGUGUGGCUGAAAGCCGAAGGCGGACAGAGAUCUCCGGCUGUCAUUGCAGGACUGUAUGACAAAUGUUCUUACACCUCCCGUGACCGAGGCUGGGUCCUGGGGAUUAACACCGUCAGUGACCAGGGGAACAGAGACCCCCGCUAUUUCUUCUCGCUGAAGACGGACCGUGCUCGCAAAGUCACCACCAUUGCAGCACACCGCAGCUACCUCCCCAACCAGUGGGUGCACCUGGCUGCCACCUACGAUGGGCGCCUGAUGAGACUCUACGUGAACGGUGCCCAGGUGGCCACAAGUGGAGAGCAAGUGGGCAGCAUCUUCAGUCUGCUGACCUUGAAGUGCAAGGUGCUCAUGCUGGGAGGAAAUGCCCUGAACCAGAACUAUCGGGGUUACGUGGAGCACUUCAGCCUCUGGAGGACAGCCCGGUCUCAAAAGGAGAUCUUGUUGGACAUGGAGCAGACGAUUCACAGGCAAGACACGCCCCUACCUCAGCUCGUUCUUCAAGACAGUUUACUGAAUGUGAAAAGCAGCUGGUCUCCCAUGAAGGAUGGCAGCAGCCCUCAGACCAAGUUCAGCUACCACCACGGCUAUCUGCUGGACACCAGCCUGGACCCUCCUCUCUGCGGGCAGACAGUGUGUGACAACACGGAUGUCAUCGCCAGCUACAACAAACUGCCCAGGUUCCGCCGCAACAAAACCGUGCGCUACCGCGUGGUGAAUCUGUACGACGACAAACAUCAGAACCCCACCGUCAGCCAGCAGCAGAUCGAGUUCCAGCACCAGCACCUGAACGAGGCUUUCAGCCGCUACAACAUCACCUGGGAACUGGAGGUGCUGGAGGUGAAGAAUUCUUCCCUUCGCCACCGGCUCAUCCUGGCCAACUGCGACAUCAGCAAGAUUGGGGAUGAGAACUGUGACCCCGAGUGCAACCACACCCUGACGGGGUACGACGGCGGGGACUGCCGGCACGUCCGCCACACGCUCUUCAACAAGAAGAAGCAGAAUGGGGUGUGUGACAUGGAUUGUAAUUACGAGAGGUACAACUUCGAUGGGGGAGAGUGCUGCAACCCAGAGAUAACAGAAGUCACCAAGACCUGCUUUGACCCAUAUUCUCCUUACAGGGCAUACUUGGAUGUCAAUGAACUUAAGAACAUACUCAAACUGGAUGGAUCCACACACCUCAACAUCUUUUUUGCCAAUUCCUCUGAGGAAGAGCUGGCUGGAGUGGCAACUUGGCCCUGGGACAAAGAAGCCUUGAUGCAUCUAGGUGGCAUCGUGCUGAAUCCCUCCUUCUACGGAAUCCCUGGCCACACACACACCAUGAUCCACGAAAUUGGGCACAGCCUGGGGCUCUACCACGUCUUCAGGGGCAUCUCUGAGAUCCUGUCCUGCAGCGACCCGUGCAUGGAAACAGAGCCCUCCUUUGAGACUGGAGACCUCUGCAGUGACACCAACCCUGCUCCUAAGCACAAGCUGUGUGGGGACCCUGGGCCUGGCAAUGACACCUGUGGUUUCCACAGUUUCCUGAACACGCCUUUCAGUAACUUCAUGAGCUACGCAGAUGAUGACUGCACCAACUCCUUCACGCCCAACCAGGUGGCCAGGAUGCACUGCUACCUGGACCUCGUCUACCAGAGCUGGCAGCCCACCAAGAAACCGGCUCCCGUGGCAAUUGCCCCCCAGAUUGUGGCUCGCACCUCCACCUCUGUCACCCUCGAGUGGUUUCCACCCAUCGAUGGCCACUUCUUUGAAAGAGAAGUGGGAUCAGCAUGUGAUCUGUGUGCAGAAGGAAGAGUCCUGGUGCAGUACGCCUUCAGUGCCUCUUCUCCCAUGCCCUGCGAUCCCUCGGGACACUGGAGCCCACGGGAGGCAGAAGGGCACCCUGACGUUGAGCAGCCCUGUAAAUCCAGUGUCAGGACAUGGAGUCCCAACUCGGCUGUCAACCAACACACGGUGCCCCCAGCCUGCCCCGAGCCCCAGGGCUGCUACCUGCAGCUGGAAUUUCGCUACCCCCUGACUCCAGAGUCCCUCACAAUCUGGGUGACAUUUGUUUCCCCAGACUGGGACUCCAGUGGAGCAGUGAAUGACAUCAAGCUGCUCACUGUCAGCGGGAAGAACAUUUCGCUCGGGCCACAGAAUGUCUUCUGUGACAUCCCACUGACCAUAAAGCUGGAUGUGGGACAAGUGGGAGAGGAGGUGUAUGGGAUCCAGAUCUACACCUUGGAUGAGCACCUGGAAAUCGACGCUGCCAUGCUGAGCUCUGUCCCCCACAGCACCCUGUGCUCAGGCUGCAAACCCAUCCAGUACAAAGUGGUGCGGGACCCCCCUUUCCAGUCUGGAUCUCCAGUGGUCAUCUCAAACCUCAGUAGGAGAUUUGUGGACACGGAGCUGAGCGACGGGACCACGUACAGAUACCAGGUGGUCAUUGUGUCCGGGAUGGAGGAGAGCGAGCCGUCCCCCGCCCUCGUUUACAUCUCUGGGAGUGGAUACUGCGGAGAUGGGAUUAUCCAAAUAGAACUGGGGGAAGAAUGUGAUGACAUGAACAAGAUAAACGGUGAUGGCUGUUCCCUGUUCUGCCUGCAGGAGUUGUCCUUUAAUUGCAUCGAUGAGCCCAGCAGGUGCUAUUUCCACGACGGCGAUGGAGUCUGUGAGGAAUUUGAGCAAAUGACCAGCAUCAAAGACUGUGGCGUUUACACUCCCAAAGGCUUCCUGGAUCAGUGGGCUUCCAACGUCUCUGUCUCACACCACAGUGACCAGCAGUGCCCAGGGUGGGUGGUCAUUGGUCAGCCAGCUGCAACCCAGAUGUGCCGUACCAAGGUGAUCGACUUGAACGAUGGAGUGUCCCAGUAUGCCUGGUAUCCCUGCACGGCCAACUUCCAGUACUCCCACAUGGCACAGACCAUUUUCUGGCUGAAGGCUUAUUUUUCCCAGCCUAUGGUGGCUGCAGCAGUCCUUGUUCACUUGGUCACAGAUGGGACCUACUACCUGGACCAGAAGCAAGAGACCAUUGGUGUGCAGCUGUUUGACACCAAAGAGCAAAGCCACGACCUUGGUGUCCACGUCCUGAGCUGCAGGAACAAUCCCCUGAUUAUCCCCGUCAUCCAUGACCUCAGUCACCCUUUUUAUCACACCCAGGCUGUCCUCAUUAGCUUCAGCUCCCAGUUUGUGGCCAUCUCUGGGGUGGCCCUGCGUUCCUUCCACAACUUCGACCCCAUCACCAUCAGCAGCUGCCAGCAAGGACAGACCUACAGCCCUGCGGAGCAGAGCUGUGUCCACUACUCCUGCGAAGCCACCGACUGCCAGAGGCUGGAGAUCGAGAACGCGGUGCUGAACUGCACCGGCGGCACCGGCUGGGACAGCGGCGCCCAGUGCAACGUCAGCUGCAGGACCGGCUACAUCCUGCACAUCCACAGAGACGAUGAUCUCAUCAAGAGCCAGACGGAGUCCAGCGUCACCAUGACUUGCAUGGAUGGGAAGUGGAACAAGCAGGUGACAUGUGAGCCCGUGGACUGUGGUGUCCCAGACCAGUACCAUGUCUACCCAGCCACCUUCAACUGCAGUGAGGGGACCACCUUUGGCAAGAAAUGCUCCUUCACAUGCCGACCUCCUGCUCUUCUGAAAGGAAACAACAGCAACUUGACCUGCAUGGAGGAUGGGUUGUGGUCCUUUCCUGAGGCCCUGUGUGAGCUGAUGUGUCGAGCACCCUCCAUCGUCCCCAACGCGGAUCUCCAGACCUCGCGCUGCCGAGAAGACAAGCACAAAGUGGGCUCGUUCUGCAAGUACAAAUGCAAACCAGGUUACCACGUCCCUGGAUCCUCCAGAAAAUCAAGAAAGCGAGCCUUUAAGAUCCAGUGCACGCAAGAUGGCACGUGGCUGCCAGGCGCCUGCGUGCCUGUCACCUGUGACCCUCCACCUUCCAAGUUCCACGGGCUCUACCAGUGCUCCAACGGCUUCCAGUUCAACAGCGAGUGCCGAAUCAAGUGCGAGGAUGAUGACAGCCAGUCGGGCCGUGGGAGCAAUGUGAUCCACUGCCGGAAGGAUGGCACCUGGAGCGGGUCCUUCCACCUGUGCAGAGAGAUGCAGGGACAGUGUGCUCUGCCCACCCAGCUCAACAGCCACCUGAAGCUGCAGUGCGCCGGCGGCUACGGCAUAGGCACGGAGUGUACCACCUCCUGUCUGGAUCACAGUCACGAGCCCAUCCUCCUGCGCGUGAAUGAGACUGUGCAAGACAUUCAGCACUGGAUGAACCCUCAGAGAGUGAAGAGUGUUGUCUGCACAGCAGGACUCAAGUGGUACCCUCACCCUUCCCUGAUUCAUUGUGUUAAAGGCUGUGAGCCUUUCAUGGGGGACAACUACUGUGACUCCAUCAACAACAGAGCCUUCUGCAACUAUGAUGGUGGGGACUGCUGCGCCUCAACAGUCAAGACCAAAAAGGUGACACCGUUUCCUAUGUCCUGUGACCUACAAGGAGAGUGUGCUUGCCGGGACCCCAACGCCCAAGAGCACAACCAGAAAGACCUCCGUGGCUUCAGUCUUGGAUAAAGCCAAGUGACAUGGAAAGGAGGACCACACUGCUCAAGGCAGGCUAGGAGAGACACCACAUCCCUUUUGGUAUUGUUUUUAACAUUUAGCUGCUCAACUGGAUGGCAUUUCUGCACCAGGGACCCUUAGAAUUCAACCAGUCUGCC